GGGGUUAACGCGGCGGGGGGAAUCUUUGCAGGUGGCAGUCGCGAGCGUGUCACCGCGCCCGAGCCAUGGUGGCCAAACAGCGGAUCCGGAUGGCUAACGAGAAGCACAGCAAAAACAUCACCCAGAGGGGGAACGUUGCCAAAACCCUGAGGCCACAAGAAGAGAAAUAUCCUGUGGGACCAUGGCUGUUAGCCCUCUUCGUUUUCGUGGUCUGUGGCUCAGCUAUCUUUCAGAUCAUCCAGAGCAUAAGGAUGGGCAUGUGAGAAGGCCCAAGGAUUUGACUCUGCCUCGCUCUGGCUGGCAGGCGGAGGACCACGGAAUCGUGCAGCCGGGCGUCCAUGGGAAGCAGACCUAGGAAAACGGCUCUCUCGAUUGUUCCCCGAGCGCUUCAGCGUGGAUGUCAGACCAAACUGCCUGCUCACGGGACACCGGGGGGCAUCCGUGUGCUCACAUGGAAAGGACAUUUUGCUUUUCUGGUGGCUGGGGGUGGUGGCAGAGAGGGCAUCCGGUAAUGAUGUCGUCCGGCUUUGCCCGGCUCUCACUGAUGUCUGCAUGUGGCCCCCCGAAAUGUGCGCUGGUUUACUUUCUAUGGAUACAAGCUCUCCUCCAUAGGGAGUUGGUUUUACAAAUAAAUGUCUUCG